AUGCGGGUAAUUGCACAGGCGAGCUUCCACCAUCCCACCUUCAACAUCCCCGCCUGCUUUCACUACCCCGUCCCCCGCAAAGACGCCGCCUGCGCCUCCCACACCCUCAUCACCUGGCUGUAUCGCUUCGCACAUGGAUGGUCUUCUAUACAGCAAUUAACAAUGGCCGCCUCCACUAAGUCCCUCUCUUCGCUCCUUGCGCAAGCCUCACUCGACGACCACGAUGAAGUCUUGAAGGCUGCCAAUGCUGCUAUCAAGAAGUCCAAAGGUGACGAAGAAGCCCAGCACGUCAAGGCCGUUGCGCUUCUGCAUCUCGACCGGUACGAGGAUGCGCUCAAGGUCUUCGAGGACGCCAAGGGACUGCGACAGAAGGCGCAAUUCGAGUAUGCCUAUGCCCUGUAUAAGACGGGCAAUGCAGCAAAGGCAGUGGAAGUGGCCGAGGCAGCGGGAUCAGUAAUGGGCCGUGGAAUGAAGCAUAUGCUUGCUCAGGCAGCCUACCGAUCCGAGAAGUUUGCACAAGCCGCCAGAGUCUAUCGCGAACUGGCCAGCCAACCGGUACAGGAUGAGGAAUAUGACAUUCGCAUCAAUUCGGGAGCCGUCGAUGCUCAAUUGGAAUGGACAGGGCAGGGCGAGCUGGCGCAGAAGAAACAACCCACCCGAGAGGACCUCGAGGUUUUCGAGACCGCCUUCAACGCCGCAUGUGGAAGCAUAGCGCGUGGCGAGUUUGGGCAGGGCCAAGUGUGCUUGAAGAGAGCUAAGGAUCUCUGCAAUGCCCUUUCCGACCUGAGCGAUGCGGAGAAGCAAGCCGAAUUGCUGCCCAUCACCGUGCAACAGGUCUAUGUUUUGACGCAGUUGGGCAAGAUUGACGAGGCUGAACAGCUAGCUACUUCAAUCCCCUUUGCCGAGAUCAAGGAGCUCUCUACCCGUUACAUUGCCCAAGUGAACAGCAUCGCGGCGUCCAAAGAGCACUCGAAUCCAUACUUGUCGCAUCGCCUCUUCCACUCGUCACCAAAACCCCCAGUCACCGAUCAACACUUUUCCUUCCAAUCCAAUAUUCUCCGACAGGAUGAAUACGUCAUGUCAUUGCUCUCACAAAAGGUCACGGGGGUUGCAUCAUCCACCGAAAAGGUCAUCAAGGCAGCACCGACGCCUACGCUGUCACCAGCCGUCAACAUGGCCGCGGUCCUCAACGCAGCAGCGCAUGCCCGAAAUGCGGACACGGAGAAGGCCGCGCUGAAGGAGAUUGUUCCACUACUGGAGAAGAGACCGACCGACGUGGGCUUGAUUCUUACCAUCACCCACCUUUAUGUCCUCACCAACAACUACGCCGCCGCCACCCAUCUCUUGGAAUCCUUCUUCAAGCGCCUGGAGCAGAGCGGUACCGCCUCAGACUUGGACGUGCGCUUCGCACCCGGUCUCAUCGCCACGCUCGUCUCCCUCUACGCGCAACAAGGCCGCCCAGGCUCGUCCAAAUCGGAGCUCGCAAAAGCUGCAGAAUACUGGCGAAAACCGCACAAAUCCAAGACGGAAGCGCCCUCGAAAUCCCUCCUGAUCGCCGCCGGGACCGCCCUGCUGGACACGCACAAUACCGACAAGGUGCAAGUCGCCGGCGAAAUCUUCCAGGCCCUGUACGAGCAGGACAAGGAAGACCGUGCAGCGAUUGCAGGUCUCGUGGCCGCAUUCAGCAUCACAGAUCCAGACUCCAUCCCCGCCUCCCUCCUCUCCUACCUCCCCGACGCCCCCCGCCUCGUCUCCGACAUCAACGCCGCCGAGCUCGAAAAAGCAGGCGUCCCCUCUGGCAGCCCCAGCACCACCGCCUCCUCCCCCGAACCCAAGAAACGCACCGCCCCCGCAAAGACACCUGCUUCCUCCCCCCGACGCCCCAAGCGGCUGCGCAAAGCCCGCAUGCCAAAAGACUUUGUAGAGGGCAAGCAAAUGGAUCCCGAGCGCUGGCUGCCCUUGCGCGAUCGCAGCUCUUACCGCCCGAAGGGCCGCAAGGGGAAAAAGAGGGCCGAGGGCCUCACGCAGGGUGGGGUUGUGGGUGAGGACAAGGGCUUGGGGACGCCGGCGGCUCAGGGUAAGGCGGGGGCGGAUAAGGGGAAGGGGAAGAAGAAGGGGAAGGGGGGGAAGUGGUAG